UCGAAAUUUGGUUUAUUUUCUUUGUCAGCUAAUUGGACCUAAAAUCAGCCGGCCGACGUUCCACGUGGCACCGGCUUCUGUCGUUUCUCCAUCUUAAUCCAUGAAAUGUAGCCGAAUGGAACGGGAAGUAUAUAGUCACAGAGGACUGAAGGAAACAAUUAAGAAAAGAAUACCAGGGUUAACGAUGAAUAGAGGCGUUGUUGGCAGGAAAAUCUCUGCGGCGCCGGUUAAUGGCCGGAGAAACAGAGAUGAGGAUCUUCUACUCUUCCGGGAGAUGCAUAGGCGGGAAAAGGACUCGGUCGUCAGCCUCCUCCAGCCUGUUUCCGAAGAGUUUGAAGCAAACGGGACUUACCCGCUGCACAAGACGGGAUCUGCGAAGAAAGGAUGGGGAUACGAUCUUUUUGCGGAGAGCGGGAAAAAUGAUUACGACUGGUUGAAAACCCCACCGGCGACGCCUCUGUUCCCGUCGCUGGAGACGGAAGUAAAUGCACCCGAACUCGCUGUUCAGAGAGAAAUACCAAUCAUCCAGCCUCUUUCGCGUUUUUCAGGCAAUUCGGCGACGAACAAAGCCAGUAGUGAGAGAGGCAAAUAUCCAAAACCAAAAUCAAAAGCUCCUUUGAGAUCUGUGACCCCCGGCGAGAGGCCAAUCCUCUCGGCGCUCCAUAACAAAUCCACUGGAAGCAAAUCGAUCUCCAGCCAGCUAAAAAUUACGAACCAAUCAAGCACCGACCAUUUCGGUAGAAGACCUAGCGUGGAUUUGACAGCUGUAAAAGCCAUGAAUCAGCAGAAAGAAAGCACUCAGAAUUUACUGAUCACUUCAAAUUCAAGCCUCUCGAAGAGCAUUGGAUCAAUGGAUUCAAAACCAAAACCGAAGAGCAGAGGAGUGUCUCCUCGGCCGGUCAGAUCAACAGUUGCAGCUCAAAUUCCAGGAUUUCCCGACGAAACGCCUCCCAAUCUACGGACUGAUCGAUCAUCUUCUACCUCCCGGGGCCGAUCUGGAAAUCCGAAUGUUCCGAGUGUUCAGCAAAAGACAGAACUGAAUCCAAAAACGAGACGGCAAUCAUGCUCGCCGAGCGUGACCAGGGGUCGCAAGGUGGAACCGAAGCAAGAGGUCACAACCACUUCUGAGAGAGGCAAAAUCCAAACGGGAAACGGAAAGCAAAUUUUGGGCAGUCGCAUGGUGGACAGGCUGAUGAACGCAAGAAAGACGAGCGCUGAAGAAAGAGAGACGAAGACGAGGUUGCGUGGUUCUAUCAACGAGAACCCUGGCUUUGGGAGGUUGGCGGCCAAGAGUUCAGUCAACAUGGCCCUCAAGCACAUUGGCAGGACGAUAGACACAGACACAACUAAGUUCGUUGUCACAAUGCCAACAAUACAAAGGGAAGAACUACAACUACCAUAGUAUGAGGGAUUGCACAAUAAAGGAUUGGAAGAUGAUAGCAAAUGGUGUUACUCUCUUAAAUCGAAUAUGUGAAUCUUUAAUCAAAAUCAAUGAUGUAUCUGGGAUUUUAUGAUCACCAUGG